GAGGGCGCGAGCAGUCUCCCGCAGAGUCGCUUCCUGUCACGGCAGCAGCUGUACCCGCUGCCACUGCGGCCGCCCGGGGGCCGCGGGAGCCCUAGGUGAAGCCGGGUGGAUAAGGCCCGGGCAGGUUUUGGAUCCGCCGCGAGACAGGUGUCUAGGCUGUCGAGAUGCCAGGGCCAAGACCUCGGAAAGGCCCUCAGGCCAGUGGUCAGGGUGUGGCAGCUGCAAAGCAGCUGGGGCUCUUUGUGGAAUUCAGCCCAGAGGACAUGCUGCUGGGGAUGGAGGAAACUGAAGAUGAUGGGGACCUGGAGGCUGAACUACUGGCCCUCACAGGGGAAGCAGGGGUCACUGACAAGAAGCCAGCACCCAAGGGGCAGGCUCCCCUGCCUAUGGCCCACAUCGAGAAGUUGGCUGCAGACUGUAUGCGGGAUGUGGAGGAGGAGGAGGAGGAGGAGGAAGAAGGGCUGGAGGACGAUGCAGACUUGCUGACUGAACUGCAGGAGGUCCUGGGUGAAGGUGAGGAGGCUGGGCCACUGGAUGGUGAUAAGACAGCCAGCCCAGGUGGCUCUGAGGAAGAGAAGGGACAGGAAAACAUUGAACCUCCAGGACAGACAGCUCUACUAACAGCUUCAGUCCCAGCAGCUCAGGCUGGAGGGCCUCAGGGACUGCAGGCUCUGCUGGAGGAUCGGAUCCACAACUACCGGGAGGCUGCAGCCAGUGCCAAGGAGGCAGGUGAAGCAGCCAAAGCCAGGCGCUGUGAACGUGGCCUAAAGACUCUGGAGUCCCAACUGGCUGCUGUGAGGAAAGGCAGGAAGAUCAGUGAGGAUGAGAUUCCACCUCCAGUGGCUUUGGGCAAGAAACAGCUGGCCGCCCAGGAAACAGCUGACAGGAACCCUGAGGCAGAUGCCCCAGCUCCCUUCAUGAUGGAGCCAGACAACCCCUGCCAACCUGAGACAAGCCUCUUGGGCAGUCCUGGCAUUUCUGCCCCAUCUGAUUCAGACCCAGAUCCACAGGCCCUGUUGUCAGCCCGACAGAGAGAGUAUAAAUUGGCUGCCCUGAAUGCCAAGCGGGCUGGAGACUUAGACCGUGCCCGAGAGCUCAUGAGGAUUGGGAAGAGAUUUGGUGCAGUUCUGGAGGCCCUGGAGAAGGGGCAGCCUGUGGACCUGAGUGCCAUACCCCCGGCACCUGAGGACCUGAAGCCCCUCUCACAGGCUUCCAAGGCCCUCACAGAACCCUCAGUUGUACCCCCAGCAGUGGAGCGAGUGCAGCCAGUGAUGGCCCCCGACACUCCAGCAGCCCCAGUGGUCCCUGCUGAGCCACAGACAGUGCUGGAUGCCCUGCAGCAGAGACUGAACAAGUACCGUGAGGCAGGCAUCCAGGCCCGGGGCAGUGGGGAUGAGCGCAAGGCCCGGAUGCAUGAGCGCAUUGCCAAGCAAUAUCAAGAUGCCAUUCGAGCACACCGGGCAGGACGGAGAGUUGACUUUGCUGAGUUACCUGUUCCUCCAGCUCUCUUUUCUUCCACAGGAUUCCCCCCCAUUCCUGGCCUGGAGCCCAUUGUGGGCACUGAUGGGGAUGUAGUGGCAGCUACUUUAGCAGCUGCCCAGAAACUGGCUUCCUCGGAGGAUACAGCCCCAGCAGAGGAAAAUGAGGAUGAGGAUGAGCUUCCCGGGAACCUGCAGGAUAAGCUCCCAGCCCAGGCCCCAGUGGCCAAGAAGCCAGCGCAGCCUGUGGUCCCUUCAUUCCGUGCCCUGCCAGAGACCAAGGCCUCGAGUUCUAAGGAAUCAUUGAGUCCCUCUGUGCGCGAGCAGCUGGCAUUGCUAGAGGCACGGAAACUGCAAUACCAACGGGCAGCCCUGCAGGCCAAGCGCAGCCAGGACCUGGAGCAGGCCAAAGCCCAUCUGCGGGUAGCCAAAUGCCUUGAAGCUCAGAUCACCCAGGUACGACGAGCUGGCCGACCUGUGGACUUCUCCAAGGUCCCUUCACCCUUGACGGAUGAGGAGGGUGACUUCAUCCUCAUUCACCAUGAGGACCUGCGACUCUCCCAGAAGGCUGAGGAAGUAUAUGCCCAGCUACAAAAAAUGCUUCUGGAGCAACAUGAGAAAUGCCUGCUAUUCUCCAAGCAGUUCAUGCACCAGGGCAAUGUGGCCGAGACCACCCGGUUUGAGAAACUCGCUCAGGACCGUAAGAAGCAGCUUGAGAUCCUGCAGCUGGCCCAGGCUCAGGGCCUUGACCCUCCCGGCCACCACUUUGAGUUGAAGACAUUCCAGACUGUGAGGAUCUUCUCAGAACUCAACAGCACAGAAAUGCAUCUGAUCAUUGUCCGGGGAAUGAACCUCCCAGCCCCUUCAGGAGUGACUCCUGAUGACUUGGAUGCUUUUGUGCGGUUUGAGUUCCACUACCCUAACUCGGACCAGGCUCAAAAAAGCAAAACAGCUGUGGUGAAGAACACAAACUCUCCAGAAUUUGAUCAGCUCUUCAAACUAAACAUCAACCGAAACCACCGGGGCUUCAGGAGGGUGAUCCAAAGCAAAGGAAUCAAGUUUGAAAUCUUCCACAAAGGAUCCUUCUUCAGAAGUGACAAGCUGGUUGGCACAGCCCACCUGAAGCUGGAGCGACUGGAGAAUGAGUGUGAGAUCAGAGAGAUUGUGGAGGUCCUGGAUGGAAGGAAGCCCACUGGAGGCAAGCUGGAGGUGAAAGUGAGGCUGCGGGAGCCUCUGAGUGGCCAGGAUGUGCAGAUGGUCACUGAGAACUGGCUGGUCCUGGAGCCCAGAGGCCUAUAAGGAGAUUGUCAGUACUGGGAGAGGAGUCAGGCCAGCAACUGUGUGCAGGAGCAUACUUUUCUCAGCUCUGCUGGCUACAGAAGCCUUUGUACAUAGGAAGAUGCUGCUACUCAAGCACCAAAGAUCUGUUAAGUAUGUGCAGUACUGACAGACAUCAAGGUCUUUCCUGUUGCUGGCCCCUCCCUGGACCUCCACAAAAGCAGGCUGGAUUCCAGGAGUCCCCUCCCCCCUUCCCUUGCCUCCCCCUCCUGCUGAGAGAAGGCAAGGAUAGCCUCAUCGCUCUGUGACUGAGUCUUACAGCCCCUUAACCCCUGUUUGGCAACUGUGUGGAGCUUACCACAGCCUCCAGUUGCAACGUUUCUGGAUGUGCCUUUAAAAGAUCUAACUAAGGGAUGGGAGAACUUGAGGGUGAUCGGGAAACCCCCUGCCUAGGGUGCAGGCAGGGUUCCGUGACUCCUGCUUAGUCAGUGGCAGCCUAUCCCACAUGACUCCGUUUACCCCAGCUGUGCCUGUGCCUUGGUUCCUGACUGCUGCUGCACUCGCCUCCCUGCUUCCCAGAGCUUCAGUGGAGGAGGAGGGAAUGUGUGGUGGGAAAUAAGGGUGAGGUUGGAUCUCGGGUUUGGUCCAUGCAUUUAAGACUAAAUGACUGUUAACUAGAAGAAAAAAAAAUAAUAUAUAUAUAUAUAUAUACACACACAUAUACAUAUAUAUAUAUAUAUAUGUAUGUAAUUUUAUGUAGCCGUUUUUAUUUAAGAAACUAGAUCUAAUUCAUUAUAGGGGUUUUACACUCUAUAUGAAGAGUGAUCAUCAAAGUCCUAAAUAAAAGCCCUGUUCCCUGUCACUUUUAAAGCAGGAGUGGCAGUAACAUUUGUUAAUUGACAGAAACUGCUGCUAUGGCUUCCUCUUUUGAGAGAGGGCAAGGGGAAGCCUUGUGUCUUCCGAGGAUCAGUGAGAAGAAUCCCUUAGUUCCUUCCUAAGAGAUCCUCCUUUGGCUUUGUUUUUCUGAAUGGAUGGAGACGAUGGAGGGAUUUGUAAAUUACAAUAGAUUUAAUAUUCAAAACUGCAAUAUUUUGCAUUUCUUAGAAAUAAACUUUAAUAUCUCAUUUCCCCCCCCCUUUUUUGAAGCAUUAACUUAGGUUCAACAAAGCAUUCCUCAAGAUUUUUUAAAGGCUACGAGUGAAGCAAAUACAUUCAGCUUACUGGUCACUAUAGUAUUGCAUAAGCACAGCUCAGGGAUUGAGCUUUUAUGUGUCUUUUCCCAGGAUAGGGCUGGACCAUGCUUCCUGCCCUUAAGAGUAGAGCUGUUAGUGGAUAACAGGACAGGAAUGACAAGACUGUUUUCUAAAAGCUUUCUGGCCAGUCUUACUUACCUAUGUGUGAACUACCAACAUUUCCACAGAUGUGAGAUUUAACACUUCAUUGCAAUCCUAUCUGUGUGUCAAACAAGCAGUAAUCUAGAAUUAAAAAGGAUUGUUGGGAUUCUUAAGGUGACCUAGAGCAAAGAGGGGUGGUCAGGAGGGUUCCUGACCCAACCUAGUCUCCCCCUAAGGGUUUGCACCCAACAUGGUGCUUACUAAGAGGGCCACAUGGACAGCUGUGGCUAUUUAUCCUCAAAGGUUUCAACAACCAGCCCUAGGAAUUUUUGAACCCAGGCCUGUGCUAGAAAUGCCCUAUUCCAAAGUGAUAGGAAGUUUUCUGUGCCUCAAGGAUUUCCCUUCACAACCUGUUCUACUUCAGUCUGUUUCAUUACCCUUUGCUUUUGGAAAACAGAACCUCCAGGCUAAGGAAGGCAAGACAAAGCCGCCCAUUGGACUUGGAAACUGAGAUUCUUAAAAGGCCUUUGUUGCAGCCAAGGCAUGCAGGGGUCACUGGUAGUGGGAGGAGCCUACUCCGCCUCCUUGUCCCAAGAUUUGUCCUAAUGUAACAACCAAACAUCAGAGAUCAGUGAUUCCUGGGCAUUUGGGAACCAGGCACAACCCAGAUAGCUUUACAUUUUAAAUUCUCCUAUCUAGCGCAAGACAUGCUUUCUUCAGAAUUACUGAAAUGAACAAAAUAUGGAAUAAAAUAUUUUUUUAGAAAUUUAUCUUAUUAAAGGGCAAAAAUAUUUUGUGACUUUAACAUUACUUCCCUUUCUUACAGCACCAUUGUGAAACCUGCAUUAUUACUUCUAAAUUCUGAGCAUGUUUUCUAAAUGUUUCUGGGCAGCUCCUAAAAGAUUUUGUCCCUUAAGUAAAAGUAGUUCCUUUUAGGAUGAAACUGUGGGGCUGAGACUGGUAGAGCCAGGAAGCUUGCACCUGGUCCAGUGCCAUCACAGACAGAUUCUUCCCUCUCAGGGCCUCAGAUUCCCAAGCUCUAAACUGGGCAUUAUCAUUCCUGCUCUAUUCUUUGGCCCUUCUGGCCACACAUUCAGUCCCUAAAAAUCUCAUUACCAUUAUUAUUAAAAUAGCAACCACUACCACAAACAUGUUAUAGAAACAGUGUUCACAUUGCUUGAUGACUGAAACACAUUAGAUGCAAAAAUUAUUCCCCAGUGGUUAUGAUAGAAGUAAAUCCAUUUUGAAAUUUGGGGCCCACCAGCAUUCAGGAACCACUGUGGAUGAUGGAAGACAUUAGAUGGGAACUUAGGGCAAAGUUUCUGUAGCCCUGGAGACCAGCAAGUGCUCAGAAAGUGUCAAUAAAAAUACAUGGAGAAACUACA